AUGCCUCCUCGCAAAGCAGCGCCGCCUGCGGCCCCCGCUAUCGACCCAUCCCCCGUUCGAACCAAGUUUCCAACUGCCAGGAUCAAACGAAUCAUGCAGGCUGAUGAGGAAGUUGGAAAGGUUGCUCAGCAGACCCCGAUCGCUGUGGGCAAGGCUCUUGAGCUUUUUAUGAUCCAACUCGUAACGAAAAGCGCCGACGUGGCCAAGGAGAAGGGCUCCAAGAGAGUCACGGCACCAAUGCUCAAGCAUGUAGUCGAGGCCGAUGAGCAGUGGGAUUUCCUUCGUGACAUUGUCAGUCGCGUCGAGAACGAGAAGGAGGGUAGUAGAUCAAAGGCCAAGCAGGAGAGCUCGAGUGAUGAGGAGAUUGAAGAGCCCAAGAAGAGAACACGCGGCGGCAGAAGAAAGAAGGCACAGUGA